AUGAUAUUCUUGAAAGAAUUAAGUAAAGAUGUAAAGCAUAUCAAAAGCUCAAUAGAUUAAAUUAUGCAAAAUGUAAGUGAUAUAGCCAAUGAUGUUCGAAGACUUAGAGGAAAGAAUUUUGUUGAAUUACUACUUAUUAGGAAACAAUAACUAUUAAAAUAGAAGGAUGAGAAUGAAUUAGAUUAAAUACAUAUUGAAAUCUAAACUUAAGAAUAUGAUCCAGUAUCAGGAAAUAAAAAAUAAUCUUAAAAUUAAGAUAAAACUUCUUAUCUUUUAAAAAGAAUCUAUAAUGAUUUUGAGGGAGAAGUAAAUGAAUUUUUAUGGGAUGAAAAUGAAAAAAAUAAAGAUGUACUGUUUUUAAAAGGAAAAGCAGGUUCAGGAAAAAGCAGAGCUGCUAAAAAUAUAGAAGAAUUAUUAUGGAGUUACGAUUAAAUAGAACCAAAAUGGAUUCCAAUUUAUGUUUCUUUACCAUCUAUUAAAGAUCCAAGACAUAAUUUAAUUGAUUAAGCAUUGGAAUCAUAAAAUUAUAACUUUGAUAGCAUAUAAAUAAGAGAUUUUAAGGAGGCAGUAAAAUAAAAAAAUUUAAGUAUUGUUUUAAUUCUUGAAAGUUACGAUGAGAUGAAGUAAGAUUGUUUAGAAUAAAAUCUAUACAAUUCAAAUAGAUUUGUUUAAGAAUUUAAUCUUUCAGAAUCUGGAUAAAAUUUUAAAAUUAUUAUAACUUCUAGACAAGAAAUAUUAAAUUCAAUUGAUUAUCAAACUUGGUUUUAUGGAAAAAGUAUAAGUACUCUUAAAGAAGUUGAAUUACUACCCUUUAAUUCUGAUUAAAGUAAUGAAUAUUUAACAUAAUAUUCUAAAGUCAGUGUAAAAAGAGCGAUAAAAAGAUUUUAUGAAUUUCUUAAGUAAUUAAAAGCUUAAAGUUUUUCAUUUAAUGAAUUUAAAAUAAUUUGGAGUUAAAUUGAAGAAACAGUAAAAAAGAUUUUGUUACAAAAUUAAAAUGAAUAACUAUUAUUCUAGCCAAAAGACACAGAAAAAAUAAUAUUAAAGAUGUUAUAAAUAUAGUUUUUUUAGUUAUUCAAAGCUGAUUAAAUGAUAUCAUUAAAUAAAGAUUUACUUUAAUUAUGGGGUUAUUAAAAAUUUACUCAAACAAUCAAAAAAGUUAAAAUAUAAAAUCUAUUAAAUACACCUUUUAUGCUUGAAAUUAUUGUUUAUGUAUUGCCUAAAAUGUCAUCUUUUUUCUCUUAAGCUACUUUUAUGAGAUAAGUCUUGAAGUAAAACUAUCUUAAAUUGAAACAAGAAGCUAUAAAGUCAAAUUAGUUACUUAAAAAAUAUUCGCAAAUUAAUUAAAAUUAACAUGAACAAGAUUAGAAAAUAUUAAUUGAUGACGUAUAAUUGCUUAAACUUUGUGAAUAUAUCUUAAAUGAGUUAGAUAAUUAAAAUUUUUUUGAAUAAAACUCUAUUGCUCAUUAAUUUACUUAUAAAGACAAUUAUAUAAUGAAUGAGCUCAAAGUUAGUUUUACAGUAGAAUUUGAUGCAAAUUUUGUGGUUGCAGCAUUUUAAUUACAUCAAUUUACUGCAUUUGAUUUUUAUAAGUAAUUUGUUGACUUUUAUCAUGCUUCACAAAUAUAGAAAUGGAAAGAAUUAGGAAAAAAUAUCAAUUGGUAGAGUUUUUUGAUUGAUCUUUAAUAUUUUUGUACUUACUUAGCUAUUGAAAUGACUCUGAGUGAAUUAACUUAAGUUAAUUAUAAAUAGAAGGGAAAAUUAAAAUUACUAUCUGAAAAGGAUGAUCAGUAGGAUAUAUCUUGGGAAGAUCAUUAUUUUAAUGAAAAUGAAUAAGAUUCAGAAUAUAAAAAUUUAUUACGAAAAUGUAUGUUAAUUUAAUUCAAAAGGUAGUUUAUUUUCAUUUAAUCACAAAUCUAUUUAAGAGUUCUUUGUUGCUGAUUAUCUAUUUAAUUUAUUUGAAAGAAUAUUUACAACAGAUAAAAAGAUGAAUGAAACUUUAUUGCUAAAGAGUCUUUUUACUAAAAGAAAUAAAUUUAAUUUAUCAUUAGAACAUUUUCAAGGUUGUUUAGAACUCCUUAAACCUAAAAUCUACUAGUUUGCAAACUUUAAAGAAAAAUUGAUAGAAAUAGUUAAGUUGUAGAAUAAUUAUCCUGAUAUAAGUACUGAAUUAAUAAGAUCAUCAUCUAAUUCAAUAUUUUUAUUAAGUUAUUUGGGAGAAUAUUUAGGAGAAGAAGAUUUAAAUGGAAUUUAGUUAUCAGAUACAAAACUUUGUGGAAUCUCAUUUUUUAAAAGUAAUUUAAGUAAUACAAAAUUUGACAAUGUUUCUAUAGAUUCCUGCAAUUUUACAUUAGCAAAAUUAGAAAAUGCAAAUUGGAAAAAUUUAAUUUGUAAAGAAAUACCUUCUUUGAUAGGUCACAAAAAACAAAUUAAAUCAAUUAUCUUUUUAGAUGAUGGAGCUACUUUACUUUCUGGAGGGGAGGACGGAAAAAUUAUUUUAUGGAAUGUAGAUCAAAAUAAAAAACCAUUAGAAAGAUAAAUUCAAAAUUAGUAGAUUUUAAAAAUAUCAUUCUGUAAAAUGAAUAAUACAUUAAUAUGUUUAUCUACUAAUUCUAUAUUUAUUCUAAAUGCCAAAGAUUUAUCUGAUACUAUAUAUUAACCUUUGAAAAAUUAUAUGUAUGAAGAUAUUUGUAGAUCAUCCAAUAAUCAAUAUCUUGCAGUCUAAUAUUUAAAGUUAAAUUUUUUUAUUUUAGAAAUGUAGAAUCUAAUAAUCUCUGAUAAACCCUAAAAUUUAUCUUAUCCAACUUCUAAUCAAAUAAAAUGUAUGGCAAUUUCAUUUGAUUAAAAAUUGUUAGCUACUGGAGGUUAAGAAGUAUUAUUGUGGGAUUAUAUUUCUGUUACAAAUAUAAAAUAGGUUACAAGUUUACCUACUACUCUUAAAAAUGUAUCUAGAAUUUUUAUCUCACAAAAUAGCUCAGUACUAAUACUUGGUAAUGGAGAUGGAAUUAUAGAAUUUUGGAAAAUUUUAGAUUUACAGAAUUUGUAAUUGCUUCAGUCAAUUAACCUGGAUGAGGGGAUUGAUAAAAUUGAGAUUACUAAAAAUAAUAAAUUAUUAUUAAUCAAAACGAAGACUAGAUUAUUCAGAUAUGAUUGUUUAGGAUUAAUCAAUGAAUAUGAUUAAGUUAUAUAAAUAGAAUAAUAUGAUACUGCUGCAUUGAUUUAAUAAUAAUAUUAUGAUUAAGUUGAUUUGGAUACUUGCAUUAAAGAAAUUGAAAUUAGUCCCAACGACAAAAUUUUAGCUUGUGUUGAAGAGAAAGAUAAUAAAUAUAAUUUGAGUAUUUGGAAUAUUACGAAAAAAGGAUGCAUUACUUAUAUUGCCUCAUUAAUAGAUAAUUAGGACUAGAUUCUUUAAUUAAAAUUUUCUUUCGAUAGCUAAAUAUUAAUUUGUUGUAUAUUAAACUAUAUAUAUGUUUGGGACAUAAAUGAAUUGAAAUUGAUCAGGAAAUUGGAAACUUAAAUUGAUUAAAUUAAAUAUUUGGCAAUUUCCAAAGACUUAACUUUUUUGGCUAUAUAAAAUUCCCAUUAUGUAGAACUAUUUGAAGAAUUUUGUAAUCCAAAUAGCAGCUGUGUUAGUAAAACAAUUGGAAUAGACAAAAAUUUUGAAUAUAAAGGGAUUUUGUUUUUAAACAAUAAAUUAGUUAUUAAUACAGAAAACUUUAAUUCAUCUUUUUUAUAAUUUUGGAAUGCGAAAUUACUUAUAUAAGAAUUCGAAUAAUUAUUUAAAGUAAAAUUUAAUUAUUUUAAUUUUUGUUUUGAUUAAAAUCUAAUGAUAACUAUUGGAAAAUUUGGAACUGUUUGGGAGAAAAGUGAAGUGUAUUAUGAAGAAAAAAGAUCUCUAAAUUCAUUUAACAAAUUAAGGUGGAAAAAGAUUGAAUAUUCUGAAUAAAAAGACUAUUUGAUUAUUUUUGAUGGAGAAAGUGUUUAUUUAUUCAAAGAUUAUUUUGAUAGUGAUGAAAAAUCUCAUGAAAUAUAACAGAAAAAGAUAUACUCUUCUCCUCUCAUAUAAGCAGUCUCAUUUUCAAAAAAUGGUAAAUUAUUAGCUUUUGGUUUGAAAAAUGGAAUUAAAAUAAUGUUUUUAGAUUAAUAUUUAAAACUAAAUUAGGAUUCUUAAUAUAUUAAUGAUUUUUCUAUUUCUGAUGAUUCAUUGUUGUUAGUCUUAGCAACAAACAGAGGAAUCAGACUAAAAAAUUAAGAAACAAACAAAGAAAUAUUUUACACUUUGGAUCAAAAAUAUCUAUUAAUAAGAUUUAUAGAAUAAAGUUAAAAGUUUGUAGCUAUUACAUAAUCUUUUUUAUAUUUAUAUAAACUUGACGAUAUCAACAACCCUAUUGUUUUUAAACAUUUAAUAUUAUGUGGUAAUAAAAUAUAAGCAAUUUAUAAUUUAGAAUAAUCAAAUUCAAUGAUGAUAUUAUAUGAUAAAUUUAUAACUAUUCAUGAAUUAAAAGAAAAGGGAAAUAAUCAAUUAUUAUAAAUUUAGAAUGAAUUUAGUAUAUCAAAAGAUUGUUUGAUAUUAUCUAAAUCAAAUUAUGUAGGGAUUGGUAUAGAUAAUGAUAUUAGAUUUAUUCCUCUUUGUAAUUCAAUUAAGAUGCAUAAUAUAUAUAAUGCUUUUGUAUCUUAAUUUUAAAAUAUUUUAUAUUAUAGUUUUUCUUUGAACUGUUAAGAAUUUAUAAUCAUAGGUUUGAAUUAUGAAGAGAAGUUACAAAGAGCAAAAAUAAAUUUAAUUAAUUUAGAAAUAGAGAUAAAAUCUAGUGAAAUUAAUUUUGGAUUUAAUAUUUAUAUUUAUUCAAAUUAGAAAUAGGAUAAAUUACUUUUAGUUCACAAAGACAAUUAGAAUUAUUAAAGAAAAUUAGAUUUAAUCGAUUUUGAAUCAUUAAAAAUAAUUUAAUGUAUAGAAUAACUUAAUCACAAUGAAUCAAGUUGUAAUUAUGCUAUAUUUUCAGAAGAUAAUUCAUAUUUUAUCACUAAAUAUAAAGAUUAAACUAUAAAAUUAUGGGAUUCAAAAACAUAUAAACUUUUAUCCAAAUUUAAAAGUGAUACAACCAAUUCUGAUUUAAUUUCUAUUUCAACAAAAGAAAUCUUAGCAUAAUCAAAUUAUCAUAUUAUUAAACUUUGGAAUUUGAAAGCUUUAAGAUCAUAAUAAUCAGAAAUGGAUGGCCAUUCUGAUUCAAUUAAUUUAAUAUCAAUAUCUCCUGAUGGUUUAUAAUUAGUAUCUGGUUCUUUGACUUAAAUUAUUAGAUGGGAAUUAACCAAAUUUAAAAAAAUAGAUGUAUUAAUUAAAGGAUAAGGUUUGCGCUCUAUCUUUUGUUUCUCUGAAGAUGCAAAUUAUUUUGCAGCUGUUGAUAAAGAUCCUUGCCUAAUUAUAAUUUGGAAAUUAAAUACUUUAUAUUUAAUUGAAAAUUUCAUGACAAUAAGUUACUUUACUUAAGCAAUAAAUUUAAAAUUUUAAAUAGCUGAUAAUCAUCUAAUUUCAUGCUAUUAAAUUGAAUCUUAAUUGUAUCAUAUAGCUUGGGAUUUGAGUAAGCCUGAAUUAUAUUAAAUUUAAAGAAAAACUUGUUACGUUGACAUUCCUAAACCUGCCAUGUAAUUUUUAAGUGAUAAUAAUUUAAUGAUAUAAAUUAAACCUCUUAAAAUUUUUGUUUUUUUUGAUCAAGAAAGUUCAGAAUAUUUUUAAUUUGAUAAUUCUUAAUCAAUAUCAGAUGCUAAAUUAGUUACUAUUACGCAUGACAAUCUUAAAAUGGCANGUUUGUAGCUAUUACAUAAUCUUUUUUAUAUUUAUAUAAACUUGACGAUAUCAACAACCCUAUUGUUUUUAAACAUUUAAUAUUAUGUGGUAAUAAAAUAUAAGCAAUUUAUAAUUUAGAAUAAUCAAAUUCAAUGA